GGAAACGGCCGAAUACCCCGUGCAGAUCAGCUGAGAGGAGGUCACAGCGGUCCGUCUGUUUUUAUUCAGACGGGCGACUGUCUUUCGACAGAAGGCAGUUUGAAAGUAUAGCCGAUGAAAAGCGGAUUCCGGACUUGAAGGGAGUAUAAAAGAGCGCAAAAUAAACAAAUAAGAAGCGGACAUCUGUCUCUUCACUAAGGCAAUGGCGUCCCUUUUAUUUUGCGGUCCCAAACUGGCCGCCUGCGGAAUAGUACUCAGCAUCUGGGGAGUCAUUAUGCUGUUGCUGCUGGGUAUCUUCUUCAACGUCCACUCUGCAGUGCUGAUUGAAGACGUGCCCUUCACUGAAGAUGACAUGCUUCUAGAUAAAAAUCCUCCUCAGAAGAUAUACGGGCUGUAUGACCAGGUCAGCUACAACUGCUUCAUCGCUGCUGCCAUCUACCUGCUGGUGGGGGGUCUGUCCUUCUGCCAAGUGCAGCUCAACAAGCGCAAGGAGUACAUGGUGCACUAGACUGCCUCCUGCUGGCCUGGCCCAGCACUGCACCGAGGGGCGGUUUUACUGCAGGGGCUCGUGGAGGGUCUAUUGUCUUCUCUUUUUGUUUUUCCAAUGAACCAAAUUAGUCUCUUAGACUAAUACAGGAUUGUUUGUAAGUCUUUGACUCAAAAGUCAAGUAAAGGCAACCUUACAGUCCAGGUCAUUACAGUGAUUCUGUGUGACCAAAACAUUAAUUGCUUAAUUGGACUUUAAUCACAUUUUGGACUCCGCUACUGGGCCUUUUGUUUUUCUUUCCCAAAUCCAAAUCCAAAUAGUUGUAUUAUUAAAAGAUCUCUGUGACAACCUCUAGGACUGUAUUUAUUAACCGAUGGAUUAUUAUUCCUGUUUUGUUAUUAUGGCUUUGUAUGGGAUAACACUGUCACAAUUCAGCUUGGUCUGUGAGCCCCCCUCUUUUCGUCGGUGAUGUGCUGAUGUUGGGUGGCAGUAAAGUGCAGUCGUCUUUCUUUUUUUUGGGUGUAAAAGAUUUUAUAGUCCGUGUUAUUUCUGUGGCUGUGCCAACAGUCUUAAAGCAGGGAGAUGGGAAGAGCCAGAUACUAUAGAAACCUCCCUGAUUACAAGACUGCUGCAUCUGUGCACAGCCAAUCCACACAUCCACAUGAAACCCUGCCUGCGUGUUGUAACAUAUUCUAGAAAAAAAAGACUGUAUUGUUCAUUUGAGUUGAGAGCACUGUAAGUCCAGUAGAAAUGAGAAUGUAUAUUUCUUGUCAUUGUUUAUUCAUUCCAGGUGUAUAAAAUUGAUGGUUGAGAAUACUUGGUGCUGUGCAGUGCUGGACUGGACUGUUUUCUUUGGCUCCUGGUUCUGUUGAUGAAAUUCUGUUUGUUUGUUCCCCCUAUGCCCUGUCUGUUUGCUGUUGGACCCGAGUCCAGCUCAGUCCUGUGUGAGCUGCAAAUAAAGCUUCCCAUGAAGGUGUAA